AUGUCUGCCAAAAUCUUCCUCACCGGCGCCACCGGCUACAUUGGAGGCGAUGCGCUAUACGAAAUCUCUCGAGCGUACCCCAACCUGGAAUUAGCAUUGCUGGUGCGCUCGCAGGAAAAGGCCAAGGCGGUUCAAACGCAGUACCCCAGGGCCAGAGUUGUUCUCGGUGGUCUAGACGACUCUGGAAUUAUUCAAAAGGAGGCAGCGUGGGCCGACAUUGUUAUCCAUACAGCCGACUCAUCAGACCACGAAGGCGCCGCAAAAUCCAUUGCAAAGGGACUGGUUGAGGGACACUCUGCCGAUCGUCCUGGCUACUGGCUCCACGUGGGUGGGACAGGUAUCCUCACCUACUUCGACUCAGAGGUCAAGAAAAGCUUUGGCGAGCCUGACGACAAGGUCUUCAACGACUAUGACGGCGUCGAGGAGCUCACCAACCUCCCCUCGGCCGCCUUCCACCGCCACAUUGACGAGAUCGUCCUGAGCACGGGCACCCAGUAUGCGGAAAAGGUCAAGACAGCCAUCGUCUGCCCACCCACCAUAUACGGGCAAGGGCGUGGUCCUGGCUCCGGCCGUGGACGACAGGUAUACGAGCUGACCACGUUCAUCCUCAAGGAGCAGUACUGUCCUCAGAUCGGCAGGGGUCUCUCCAAGUGGAACCACGUGCACGUACAAGACCUGAGCACGGUGAUGAACCUGCUUGUCAAGGCUGCGCUUGAUCCGUCGCGCAAGGACGACGCGCAGAUCUGGGGACCAGAGGGGUACUUCCUCACCGAGAUUGGCGAGCACACAUGGGGACCGCUCUCGGAAGCUAUCGGCAAGGAGGUGCAGAAACAAGGUUUGAGCAACAAGGGCCAGCUGGGGACCGAGGGUAUGUCAUACGACGAAGCCGUCAAGUCUCCUGCCGGGUUCGAGGCGGCGAGCUGGGGCAUGAACUCGCGCGCAACGGCCAUCCGGGCCAAGAAGGUGCUUGGAUGGCAGCCCAAGGAGCACGGUAUCUACGAGGCGAUCCCAGAGAUUGUCCAGUCAGAGGCAUCUAGGCUGCAACUCAAGUAG